CGCGUUUCACAAUCCGUAUUAGAAUUCGGGGUGUUUCAAAACCCGAACCAACGUGGCCUCCUUCUUCCCCAGCAAAACCUCAUUUCCCAAAAACCAAAACCCCUCUCUGUCUCUCUCUCCCUCUAACACUCUCACACACUUCCACCAUGGCGGCACUUAAGCUUCUCCUCUCCCAAGCUCGCCGCCAUUCCUUCCCCAAACGCGCUUCUCACUUCCACUCUCCUAUCUCUCUCUCCUCUCACAGAUCCCUCUGCUCUUCCUCCGAAUCAAACUCAAACCCUCCCCGCAGACCCUUCGAACCAAUCCCCAUCCAACCCGUCUCCUACCCUGUCAAACCCAAACCCCCGCCGCCCGAACCUCAACCCGAACUUGAACCUUCACCCGAACCACAAUCCCACCGCCCUCCGCCGCCGGACUCGCAACGCGCGUGGACGCGCGAGGACAUCCGGUACGUGAAAGACGGGCCGUCGAUCGCACCGGUGUCGUACUCCUCGCGCGGCGUGGCGCCGCUCCCCGACGACAGGGCGCCUGUGGCGGCGGAGGACGCGGUGGAGAGCGAGAGAAGGAUGAUCGAGGCGGAGAAUGAAAUGAGGAUGCGAAUGGCCAAGGCCGCCGAGGAUGAAAGAAUGAAGGUGCCUUUCCCGCUGCUGAUUAAGCCCAAGAAAAACGAGAAGCCGCCUCCGCUUGAUUUGAACGAAGCCAUUCGCCAAGUUAAGACCAAUGCCAAGGCAAAGUUUGAUGAAACUGUUGAAGCACAUAUAAGAUUGGGUGUUGAUUCAAAGCGAACAGAAAUGGCAGUUCGUGGUACUGUGAUUCUGCCUCAUGGUGCUCCGAAGGCCGUCAGUGUGGCUGUUUUUGCAGAAGGGGCUGAGGCAGAGGAAGCAAAAGCUGCAGGAGCUGAUAUAGUUGGUGGUAAAGAGCUUAUUGAGGAGAUUGCUAGUGGUAAAAAUAAGCUUAAAGUUGACAAAUGCUUCUCAACUCCUGGAAUGGCACCUCAUCUUGGAAAGAUAGCACAAUAUCUUAGAAAGCGAAGACUGAUGCCAGAUAAGAAGCUAGGUACUCUUACUAGUGAUAUUGCUGGGCAGUUGAAAGAGCUAAGACAAGGCCGUGUAGAGUUUAAAAUGGAAAGUAAAUCAAUUUUGCAUGUGGGACUUGGAAAGGUAAGCUACAAAGAGGAGGCUUUACGGGAGAAUAUUAGUGCGUUUAUGAAUGCUGUAUUGCUUGCAAAGCCUGCUGGCUUAAAGAAGACUUCCAAAUAUGCUGGGUAUGUGCUGUCUGUCCAUGUAAGCAGCACGAUGGGCCCAGGAUUACCUGUAUCAAUACAAUCAAUAUCCAAAGCAGCAGAUAACUACAAGAAAAUGCAUGUGGUAUGAAUCAUGUGGAUAUGGCAAAUGUGGGCUUUCAACAUGAAUCCAAGCUUAGAUGAACAUAUGUUGUUGUCGUAGGUUUUUGUUCAUUGUCAUUGAUUAUGUAAGCUUUGUUUAGUGAUAUAUGUGGCAAUAAGCGAAAGUUUUGACAUUUUUUUGUGUAAGCUUGUUGAAUUUUCUGGUCACCUUAAUGGUGUAUCAUGUUCCUCAUUGCACCACAGAAAAUUAUGCCAUUACUAAGUUUAUUAUUUUAAAGCAAUAGAUACUAACCUUUUGAUAUCUGGA